AUGGCAUCUUCAUCGACGGCGCCGGCCACCGGCGCUUCCAUACAAACCGGCGCAUCCAUACAAAAUGACUCCCCUGAGCCAUUUCCGGCAGUCAGUAGACCACCAUCUCCCAACAGCACUACCUCAGCUCCUCGUCAGACGAAUACCGAUACCGAAGAAAGCGGGAAUCGAAGCAGAGGCCAGUCGAGCACUUCAUCUCUUUCAGAACGCCUGCGAAGCGCCUCGAAGUCAUUUCAAGAGUCCAAUCCACCUACUGGGUUUAUGAUCGCCACCGGGACCAUUGCUUCGUCGUUGCCAUCGGUAUCUGAUAUUAGGAGAGGUAGCUACGGUAGUGACGGUUGGUCUGGCGAAGGACAGGUUCGAGAGAAGGAACGGCGCGCGAGUGUAACGAGGCCUGAUAUCUUAAGGCACAAGAGUUCGGGGAUUCUCAACAGACCUAGAGAACCAUCAGCUGGUUUUCAGACCGUCCCAGAGGUAGUGGAUGAAUUGGAGGCGCAGACUCACGGCAUAAUGGCACCCGACGAACCUCUGGAUACCUCGGAAGAAAUGUUAGAGAAAGCGAAAGUUGCAGAGAUGGAGAUUUCACAAGCGAAGAAGGGGGUGGAUCAGCGCAGCAGCAGCGACACAGAUAUCUCCCCCAAGUCGACGUCUGCUAAGUUAAAAACGACCUCUUUCGACAACGGAUAUCAGUUCCCACCGAAGCAUACUUGGCAGAAGUCCACUAUGAUUGGAUUGAAGGCAUUCUGGGGAUUCUUCCUCACGCCCAUCGGAUUCCUAGUCACAGUGUAUGGACUCAACGUUGUUGCAUGGGGUGGGAUGCUGUUUUUGUUACUCUGCAAUGCAUCUCCAGCUAUGUGCAAGCCGACAUGUAACAAUAUCAACUCUCCUCGGCGCAUCUGGAUUGAAAUCGAUUCCCAGAUCUUGAACUCCCUCUUCUGUGUUACUGGUUUUGGCACUAUUCCAUGGAGAUUCCGCGAUCUCUACUACUUGUUGCAAUAUCGUCUCCAGAAGAAGGAGGUUGGUCUUCGAAGACUCGCGGGUAUUAACCGGGGGUGGUUUAGACUAGCUGGCUCGGAGACCUUACCUGUGGAACUGGGCCCAGCGAAUGUGGUGACUGAAGCUCCCAAUUUUCCCGAAAACAGUCUGCCUUUUCCCAUUAUCAAGGUCUCGGAUGCUCCUUUGACAGGCGUUCGCGCUCCCCCAACAAAAAUGUGGAAGCUUGAUUUCGUGAUUUGGACCAUGGUUAUGAACACAUUCCUCCAAGCCGUUCUUUCAGGUUUCAUGUGGGGACUGAACAGACACAAACGUCCAUCGUGGAGUACUGGUCUUUUUGUGGCAUUGGCUUGUAUUGUAGCUGCCAUGGGUGGAAUUAUGAGUUUCAUUGAGGGGAAGCAUGUGAAGGCUAUUGAAGGAGUUCCUGUUUCAGAGGAGGACCAAGAGAGAUUGAAAAGGGAUAGGGAAUUGGGUAUCCAGCAUUACAACAAUAUUAAUGACGAGAAACCGAAGGAGCACAAGGUCAAGAUAGAGAAAGAAGGGCACUUCCAGAGGAAGCAUAACAAAGAUGAAAGCGUAAUGGUUGUGCAGAGUGCUAUGAAGGAGGGCGUUGGGCAACUUGCUAGGUAG